CUCCUCCUAUGGUCCUCCCGGAGUAGGGGUGUGCGGCUCCUCGUCCCGCCCCUGCCUCUGAGUGACAGCAGCGUGGACAGCUGCCCACCCGGCCGGACCCGCAGUUGGGCCGCCCUCGCUGUGCUCCGCUGAGCAGAUAUUUUGGAGAUCAAAGAUGGGUAGAAAAGACUCUUCCACUACAAAACUUCCUGUCGAUCAGUACAGAAAGCAAAUUGGUAAACAGGAUUAUAAAAAAACCAAACCUAUUUUACGAGCAACCAAAUUAAAAGCAGAAGCAAAGAAAACAGCACUAGGCAUGAAGGAAGUCGGCCUCAUGCUUGCAGCUAUCCUGGCCCUCCUACUGGCUUUCUAUGCUUUCUUUUAUCUCCGGCUGUCCACAAAUAUUGACUCUGAUCUGGACCCAGAUGAAGAUUAGCUGAACAGCAAUCAAUAAAGGAAAGGAAAUAAUUCUGAUAAGAGCAUCCUUGGGGACAAAUACUUUGCCAGUUUCCCAAACUAUAACAUUUUGAAUAUUUUCUUCUUGGUACUGUCAGUUUGCAGAAAUAUCUUUGUACCUAGCGGCAUAAGAUAUCUGGAGAACUUACCAAGCAAUCUAGAGUCACGCAUGCUACUCAAUACUUUGUAAAUCUUUCUGCACUGGCAGAUCCUCUAUUCAUGAUAUAGUUGGAUAACACGGUUUUCAAAUGUCUUCCCAAUUUACAUGUAUAACUCAAUCAGUUACACAUAACUAAAUCUGUUUUAUCCUAUGUAUAUUGUAAAAAAAAGUAUCCAUUGUCAUUUGCAGAAGCAUACUCAAAAUUAUAUUCAGAACCUAAGAAUGAACAGAAAGUAAUGGAAAUUUUUAGUUUACAAAGAAGCGUGCUUUCUUUGCAGACAUAUUUGAUAUCAUUAGGGAGACUAUCUGCACAUACAUCCACAGGAAUCUUUUCCUUCCUUGCCAACUGUUAGUGCACAUGCGCUGCCUCACAAAUGGCACCUGGAUGACAGAAGCUCAAAGAGUCACAUAUGUCCCUAAAAUCGACUUCCUUUCCUUUUGGGCUGCCUGAACUGGUGUAAACAGAAAGUUCAGUUGAUCUUGAUUUUAAUUAACUUAUUACUCCAUUAAUAUAACAGUGGAAUUCUAUAUUAAUUAUGUUGUUCUGGCUGCCUGCAGUAUCAGUUUGCCCCUCUUGUUAGGGAGCUAUGUAACAAUCUGCCAUUUAAUUGCACAGGGUUUUUCACACUGCAGAAUUAGCAGGGGUGUACCUACACUGAAUCAUUUUAUUGGGCUGUCUCUUUAAGCAUUUCAAAGGCAUUUUUUUAAACUUACAUUUUGUCUCUUUAGAAUUAAUUCCCACACUGUAAAGAAAAAUAAAUAAUAGAAAAAUAUAUAUCACAUGUUACUUUCAUCUGUACUUUUCUGUAAAAUUUGUCAAUAUAUUUUGUGUUAUAUAUAGCAUAAAGAAUAUUCAAUACUUUAUUGGCAAUCAGAGUUUUAAUAGAAUUACAUUUUGUCUCUUUAGAAUUAAUUCCCACACUGUAAAGAAAAAUAAAUAAUAGAAAAAUAUAUAUCACAUGUUACUUUCAUCGGUACUUUUCUGUAGAAUUUGUCAAUAUAUUUUGUGUUAUAUAUAGCAUAAAGAAUAUUCAAUACUUUAUUGGCAAUCAGAGUUUUAAUAGAAUUCUAAAACACAUGAACACAUAAAGCUUAGAAAGUUCUGUGGUAUACACACACACACACACACACACACACACAUAUCCACAGAAUUGAUAUUCACUCCUAUCUGAUAUAAAGAUGUAUAGAAAAUGGCUAUCUUGAAAUAUAUGCAGAGUUUUGGAGUGUAUAUUGACUUUCUGAAAAACAAAUACAAUUCUAAGAACAUUUCCUUACUUGCCAAGAGACAGAAGCUCUAAUAAAUACUCUAGGAGUUCAUCUGGCUUUAUAGCAUAGUUUCUAAAGAACAGAUAUUCUUUGGUACUUUUGAGUAUGUCAGUGUAGCAUUUGUUCUGUCGAAUCUUUGAAGUAGCGUAAUUCAUUUCAUCGGUGUGAACAGCCAAAGGUUCCAGGAUCCUCACAGAUUAUUUAUGCCAAACAUCGGAGGGCAAAAUGUAGCCAGUGUUCUUUGCUGGAUCCUUCCUCUUGAAUUCCCAGACUCAAGAGACAGAGGAAGAGUUUUGUAUACUCACCACAGAGGACCCAUCCAAGUGGCAUUUGUAGGAAAGGUUGCAGCAUUUUAUGCCAUGUGGUAUAUCUGUUCGCGAAGUGGGAGGCAAGGGAAUAUCCAAGCUGGCAUUUUGGAUUUGAUGGGCCUUUUACUUUCCUGAGUGACAUGCCACAUGUCAAGAAAUACUGCUUUCUUCCAGUCUCAUCACAUUUACGUGAGCAAUUUUCAUUUAGUUAUUUCCCUCCCAUAUGGUGUUAAAAACAGUCACAUCCAAUAAAGCUUAUUUCUGGUUUUCAGUGUAAUUGAAGUGAGAGAAUAUGUAAUAAUUGCUUAUCAGAUACCUGUCCAGGUUAGAUGGUAGCGCAGUUCACAGUAUUCAAAAUAGAUGUGCACCUCCCGGAAAUGUUUGACAAGUGGCUGUUCUGAGAAAAACUGCACCAUUCUGUUCUAUUCAUGAGAUGUGCUUUGGAGAGAAAAUGUUUCUAUAAUAAUAAAUAUCAGUUGAAAUGUACUGUAAUAAUAAGCAAGUUUCACCACCUGAA